CCGGUUGUGCUGUAGGGGCGGAGCGCCACGUCGGCAGCGUUGAGCCAGGAAUCGUGGAGCAGUCGAGAGGGUCGGUGCCAUUGGAGUUGGGGUAUCAUCGUUACCGCCGAUCAGAGGACAAGACGUUCUCCGGUGGGAGAGACGAGGCGAUAAGAGCUACACAAGAAUGGUGAAGGAACGGAGAAACUUCACGAAGAACGCUGUGUAGUUUGGAGAAAAGGAGAGGAGGGUUUUCCCACUUACACGGUGCUAACACGAGGUUGCGAACGGCGCAGAAAUGAACCGAUCACCAUCCCAAAGCAGCAAGGAAGAAAACGUUCUGGAGGGUGAACCAGAAGUUCCUGACUCUUCGAAGGAUCAUCCCAAGACAGAGAGCGGGAUGAUUUGGAAAGUCACAGGCGGGCUCUACAACAUCACCAAGGGAGCCGUUGGUGCCACGGUAGGCGGUGUGGUGUGGCUCGGUAGCAAAGGGCUGUCGGCCACCAAGACGGUUGUUACCACCGUGCCGGCGGCUGGCGUAGGAUUGGUGAAGGGCGGCGUGUCGGCUGUGAUUGGAGGCGUCUCAACAGUGGGCUCCACUGUGGCCAGCAAAGUACCUUUCACUGCCAAGAAGAAGGACAAAUCUGACUAAGGUCUAGAUGGCAGAGGCCUAAAAUGGACAUGUGUCACUUGGACUUUGCAGACCUGUUGAGUGGGGGUUGGGGGUGGUGAGGUGGGGGAAAGUGUAUACUGCAUUUCACAUUUGGUCUGUGGGGGCUAUGAUUUGGACCUUAUGAAUUAAUCAUCUUGCACACUGCUUAUUUGCUGUGUGUUGGUCCGUCUAAGCAGAGGUUUACAGAAGAGCUUCAAUGUGGAUCACCAAUGGAGAUAGUUGACUCUUAUCAUUUGCACAAGAGAAUCUUAGCCCUUUACAAAAGAGGAUGCAGGGGAGAUGAGGGGGCAGGAAACAGGGAAAUGACAGCUCCCCUCACCCCCCUCUUAAAUCUCUCAUACAUCCCGUCCUCCUCUCCCCCUCCCACCUCCUCUUCCACCCCCCCCCCCCCCCCCCCCCCACCUACUCCAGUACAAACAUGAUUGCCGUCCAGAAUUGAAGAAUAUUGUUGUGUGUGAGUAACAGGGAUGUGGAGCAGUAACCACUGGAACAACUGAAGCUUCUGCAUUAUUAAGAUGGCUGUGAGUCUCCUGCAUAAGUCCAAACAUGGUGCAGUGAUUGAGAAUAAAUGGUCCAGUUUAAA